AUGGAAGUUCUCCCUGACAGCAUCGGCCAGCUUCAAAACCUCGAGAAUGUUCUUCUCUACCACAACCGGUCCCUAUGCGAGCUGCCGGAUCCCUUCUUCCAUCUCCCGUCUCUCAAGGUUCUCAAGCUGUGGGAAUUGAAAGAUCUUCCGGAGCUCGAUAGCACUGUUCCUUUCUUCCGCCUGCGCUGUGAGCGUCUCUCCUGCCAAUGGGGCCAGACGCAGCCGCCGUUGCUCCUAUCCGCGCGUCAGCACAGGCGGGGAACCAACCUUCCGCCCACCCCUCCACUUCCGCCACUCCCCCUUCCGAAGAUCACGGCGAGCGGGCGGCGGCUUCCGAAGGCGUACGUGCGGAGCGUGACGGCGCUCAUCAGCAGCCUGCGCGAUGCGCUGGGCGCGGAGGAGGGCGACCGGGGGGAGGUCCGGCGCAAGGCGGAGGUGGCUAAGGGCGCAAUCCGCGCGUACCUGGGGGAGUGGCGGGGGAAAGCGCCGGAGAACACUGAGGGGGAGGAUGCAUUGGACAGAGGGUUGGACGUGGGGAGGGUUGGACGUGGGGAGGGUUGGACGUGGGGAGGGUUGGACGUGGGGAGGGUUGGACGUGGGGAGGGUUGGACGUGGGGAGGGUUGGACGUGGGGAGGGUUGGACGUGGGGAGGGUUGGACGUGGGGAGGGCUGGACGUGGGGAGGGCUGGACGUGGGGAGGGCUGGACGUGGGGAGGGCUGGACGUGGGGAGGGCUGGACGUGGGGAGGGCUGGACGUGGGGAGGGCUGGACGUGGGGAGGGCUGGACGUGGGGAGGGCUGGACGUGGGGAGGGCUGGACGUGGGGAGGGCUGGACGUGGGGAGGGCUGGACGUGGGGAGGGCUGGACGUGGGGAGGGCUGGACGUGGGGAGGGCUGGACGUGGGGAGGGUUGGACGUGGGGAGGGUUGGACGUGGGGAGGGCUGGACGUGGGGAGGGCUGGACGUGGGGAGGGCUGGACGUGGGGAGGGCUGGACGUGGGGAGGGCUGGACGUGGGGAGGGUUGGACGUGGGGAGGGCUGGACGUGGGGAGGGCUGGACGUGGGGAGGGCUGGACGUGGGGAGGGCUGGACGUGGGGAGGGCUGGACGUGGGGAGGGUUGGGGAGGGCUGGACGUGGGGAGGGCUGGACGUGGGGAGGGCUGGACGUGGGGAGGGCUGGACGUGGGGAGGGCUGGACGUGGGGAGGGCUGGACGUGGGGAGGGCUGGACGUGGGGAGGGCUGGACGUGGGGAGGGCUGGACGUGGGGAGGGCUGGACGUGGGGAGGGCUGGACGUGGGGAGGGCUGGACGUGGGGGAGGGCUGGACGUGGGGAGGGCUGGACGUGGGGAGGGCUGGACGUGGGGAGGGCUGGACGUGGGGAGGGCUGGACGUGGGGAGGGCUGGACGUGGGGAGGGCUGGACGUGGGGAGGGCUGGACGUGGGGAGGGCUGGACGUGGGGAGGGCUGGACGUGGGGAGGGCUGGACGUGGGGAGGGCUGGACGUGGGGAGGGCUGGACGUGGGGAGGGCUGGACGUGGGGAGGGCUGGACGUGGGGAGGGCUGGACGUGGGGAGGGCUGGACGUGGGGAGGGCUGGACGUGGGGAGGGCUGGACGUGGGGAGGGCUGGACGUGGGGAGGGCUGGACGUGGGGAGGGCUGGACGUGGGGAGGGCUGGACGUGGGGAGGGCUGGACGUGGGGAGGGCUGGACGUGGGGAGGGCUGGACGUGGGGAGGGCUGGACGUGGGGAGGGCUGGACGUGGGGAGGGCUGGACGUGGGGAGGGCUGGACGUGGGGAGGGCUGGACGUGGGGAGGGCUGGACGUGGGGAGGGCUGGACGUGGGGAGGGCUGGACGUGGGGAGGGCUGGACGUGGGGAGGGUUGGACGUGGGGAGGGCUGGACGUGGGGAGGGCUGGACGUGGGGAGGGCUGGACGUGGGGAGGGCUGGACGUGGGGAGGGCUGGACGUGGGGAGGGCUGGACGUGGGGAGGGCUGGACGUGGGGAGGGUUGGACGUGGGGAGGGCUGGACGUGGGGAGGGCUGGACGUGGGGAGGGCUGGACGUGGGGAGGGCUGGACGUGGGGAGGGUUGGACGUGGGGAGGGCUGGACGUGGGAGGAGAACGCUCUCCCGCUUCUACAUGCGCAGUGGAGUCAACGCGAAGCUUCCUGCUGACGUAAGAGACGGGAUCCUUGCUGAGCUGGCGCUUGCGGAGGCUGCGUUGUGA